AUGGGUUCUUUUGAAUUUAUGUCGAUAUUCAUUAUGGUCCUACUUUUCCCAUCAUCUCAUCCCAAAGCCAAAGGUGUCGCUUCAGAUUCUGCUAGUGAGGCUGCUGCUCUUUUGAAAUGGAAAGCCAGUUUUCAAAACCAGAACAAUAGCUUGCUAACCUCGUGGAACCGCGACUCCAUCAAUGCAAAGAAUUCUUCCAACCUUCCAUGCACUUGGGCUGGUAUUUCUUGCAUUAACGGAAGUGUCAACAGGUUGAAUCUCUCAGAAUGGAGCAUAAAAGGCAGCCUUUAUGACUUCCCAUUUUCAUCCCUCCCAAAUCUUGAAUAUCUUGAUCUUAGCCUGAAUCAAAUCUUUGGCAGCAUACCUCGUGAAAUAGGUAACUUGUCGAAGCUCAUUUAUCUUGAUUUCUCAGUUAAUGAGUUGUCAAAAGAAAUCCCACCUGAAAUUUGCAACUUGAGAAACUUGACUCGUUUAGCUCUUGGUAGUAAUCAACUUUCAGGUCCAAUUCCAUCUGGAAUAGGAACUCUGCAUACUCUUGUUGAACUUGGUCUGGAGGACAACAAUUUAACAGGUUCAAUUCCAUCCACUUUUGGCAACCUCAACAGGCUAGUAAAGUUAUACCUUUUCCGAAAUCACCUAUAUGGUCCUAUCCCCCACACGAUAGGAAAUCUGAUCUCACUCCAACAUCUUAUCUUGUCUCAAAAUAAUCUUGUUGGUGCAAUCCCAAAGUCACUAGGCAAUUUGACUAAUUUAACUCAUCUGUAUCUCUAUGAGAAUCAACUUUCAGGUCCAAUUCCAAAAGAUUUGGGUGAUCUCAAAUUCCUUAUUGAAAUGGUAAUAAGUGAGAAUCAAUUUAAUGGUUCUAUUCCUGUUUCAAUUGGUAAUUUGAGUAACUUAAACGAACUGUAUCUCCGAGCGAACCAAUUUUCUGGUACCAUUCCAGAAGAGCUUGGAAAACUGCAAAAGUUGGUAGUUUUGGAAUUGGAUCAAAAUCAGUUAUCAGGUCCGUUGCCGGAACUGCUAUGCCAAAAUGGAACCCUCCAAAACAUAACUGUAUCUGAGAACAAGCUUACAGGUCCAAUCCCUCGAAGCUUGAAAUAUUGCUCAAGCUUAAUUAGGGCCCGCUUCAACGGGAACCAUUUCCACGGUAACUUGUCAGAAAUGUUUGGCAUCUAUCCCUUCCUGGAUUUCAUAGAUCUCAGCAACAACGAAUUCCAUGGUGAACUCUCCAGCAGCUGGGGAAAAUGCAAAAGCUUGACAACCCUGAAGGUUGGAAAGAACAACAUCACAGGUGGUAUACCUCCAGAAAUUGGAACUUUAACUCAAUUACAUGCACUUGAUCUUUCUUCAAAUUAUUUAUCUGGGCAGAUACCAAGAGUAGUUGGGAAGUUGGCUUCUAUGCUCGAACUAGAUUUACAUGACAACCAACUCACUGGCAGUAUACCUCAGGAAUUGGGAGCACUGACAGGACUUCUUUAUCUAGACCUGUCCACAAACUCCUUAAAUGGAUCUUUUCCAGAACAUUUGGGAGAUUUGAGGAACUUGUUUCACAUGAACUUGAGCAACAACGUAUUAAGCCAAAAGAUUCCAUUCCAGAUUGGGAAGUUGACCCAACUUUCUGAAUUGGAUUUGAGUCGAAAUUUCUUCACAGGAGAGAUACCAUCUGAGUUCCAAAGUUUGCAGAGCCUAGGAACAUUGGAUCUCUCACACAAUAACCUCUCUGGUUUGAUCCCAAGUGCUUUGGCAAAAUUGCCUGGUCCAUUGCACAUCAAUAUAUCAUUCAAUAAUUUAGAGGGCCCAAUUCCGAGUGGUAGAGCCUUUGUGAAUUUAACCAUAGAGGAAGUACAAGGAAAUAAAGGUUUGUGUGGGAAUUUUUCAGGGUUACCGGCUUGUGAAAGUUCCCCGUUGAUUAAAAAGCAUAUUGCAUAA